UAUUUUCUGGGUUAUACAAAGAGGAACGGAUAAAUGGACAAACAGCUGGACCUUUUUUCCCCCUUUCCCAUACCUUAAUCUUCAAAGCAAUGAUGGGUAUAAGUGGGAUCUUGCUUAGGACCGUGUUUUUGUAUCUGGUGCUUUUUGAAGCUCCUCUCAUAAACUCACAGCGUAGGAACUUCUUUAAUUCGAUUCUUAGAGGGCCCUUGGACUUGGAGUUAAGUCUCCGCUGCCUCAGAAUCGUUUGCUCAUAAAACUAAAUACUAGUAGAGGUCAGGAUUCCAGUAGUAGGUGGGGAGGGAGGCGUGGCGACUUUUCUCAAAUAGGGAGCUUGCGUUCCACGCGAUUGCUUUUCACUGUUAAUGAUCAUAGCGCGUGUCUCCUGAUCCUUUGGCUAUACCUCCUCCUUCCCUCUUUGGCUUAAAAUAAGGUUUAUCGUGGAAAAUGCUUUCUCCUACUCCACUGGUUAUUAAUAUUUUGAGAUUUAAGUCUUGCAACGUCAAAAAAUGUAUUGAAACUCUAGCGAUAGCGGAUUAUGCUUACAGUCGAUGCUCAGUGCACACACCAAUUCCCUCAUUGUGGUAAUUUGGCAGCCCGUUUCCAAGCGUUAGGUCUGCUUAGGGUUUGCUGUGGUGUGCUGGAGGAAGCUCUGUACUGAGUCAGGAGCCUUGGCUCAAGUCUUUUUGCCACAAAUCUUAAUUACCUGUGCUUAAGCCCUUUGGACUAGUUCUUUGGUUAACUAUGGGUUAAACUAGGUACUCUGGAAACUUUUUGUGUUGGUAAUUAUUGGGCUUUGAGAUAAUAUGGAGGUAAGUCUUUGGUGUAAUUUGCAUAUAAAAUGCCAUGUGGCUUUUAAUUUUAAAAAUAAGUAUAAAAACUACCUUUAAUCCCACUACGUUUUGAUUUUUCCUUGUGCUUUGUGCACAUGACUGCGAUCAUAUAGUUUACAACCUGUUUCAUUUACUUUGUACUUUUUCAUUAGUUUCCCGUUAUUUUCAAUGGCUAUUUUCUAUUUAAUCAUUUCACUGUUGUUGGAUAGUUUGCAGUUUUUACUUAUUUGCAGUGAGCAUUUCCUACAUCUGUCUUUGAGUUACUGAUUAUUUUUUUCCUGAUAAAUGUCUUGCAGUGGAACUGGAUGAAUGAUGUAGCUUUAAUAUUGUGGAGAAGAUAUAGCAAAUAGUAAUGGUCAAAGUUACUCAUUUCUGCAUUGCACAGCUGUUUUCCCUUGAACAAGCUAUUUCUGCGUUCACUCUAAUUAAUGGCUUCAAAUGCUAAAACACAAUCUCCAGAUUUUAGAUGUUCCUCCGUGGAUUAGAAGCAUCAAUAACAGAUCCAAUUUAAGGUAGAGUGGACCUAUAUGAUUCCUUUAUUCGUGGGGUUGGUUGUCUUAUCAUGGCUGAAAAUGAGAUAGAUAGAAUCCAGACUGAGAAACUCCUAAAGAGAGUACAAGAACUGGAGCAGGAGGUACAAAGACUUAAAAAAGAACAGGCUAACAACAAAGAUUCAAACGUGAGAGAAAAUUCUUUAGGAGCUGGAAAAGCUAAGCGUGCAUUUGAUUUCAGUGCUCAUGGUCGAAGACAUGUAGCCCUAAAGAUAGCCUAUAUGGGCUGGGGAUACCAGGGCUUUGCCAGUCAGGAAAACACAAACAAUACAAUUGAAGAGAAACUGUUUGAGGCUCUAACCAAGACUCGACUAGUAGAAAGCAGACAGACAUCCAACUAUCACCGGUGUGGGCGAACAGACAAAGGAGUUAGUGCCUUUGGACAGGUGAUUUCUCUCGACCUUCGUUCUCACUUUCUGAAGGGCAGAGCUUCAGAGGAUUUUCAUGUAAAAGAUGAAGUCAGCGAUGCUGCUAAAGAGAUUCGCUAUACCCACAUUCUCAAUCGGGUGCUCCCUCCAGACAUCCGUGUACUGGCCUGGGCCCCUGUGGAACCUAGCUUCAGUGCUAGGUUUAGCUGUCUGGAGCGGACUUACCGCUAUUUUUUCCCUCGUGCUGACUUAGACAUUGUAACCAUGAACUAUGCAGCUCAGAAGUAUGUUGGCACACAUGACUUUAGGAACUUAUGUAAAAUGGAUGUUGCCAAUGGAGUCAUUAAUUUUCAGAGGACUAUUCUGUCUGCUCAAGUACAGCUAGUGGGCCAGAGCCUGGAUAAGGAGACAUGGCAAGAAGCUUUCCAGUUGUGUCAGUUUGAAGUGACUGGCCAGGCAUUCCUUUAUCAUCAAGUCCGCUGUAUGAUGGCUAUCCUUUUUCUGAUUGGCCAAGGAAUGGAGAAGCCAGAGAUUAUUGAUGAGCUGCUGAACAUAGAGAAAAACCCCCAGAAACCUCAGUACAGUAUGGCCGUAGAAUUUCCUCUAGUCUUGUAUGAUUGUAAGUUUGAAAAUAUCCAGUGGAUUUAUGACCGGGAGGUUCAGGAGUUCAAUGUGACCCAUUUACAACAACUAUGGGCUAAUCAUGCUGUUAAAACGCACGUGCUGUAUAGCAUGCUACAAGGACUGGACUCCGUUGCAGUCCCCUGUGGGACAGGACCAAAGAUGGAUGGAGUGAUAGAAUGGAGAAAUGUUAAGCCCUCUGUCAUAAAGCAGACCAGUGCCUUUGUAGAAGGAGUGAAAAUGCGCACAUAUAAACCCCUAAUGGAUCGUCCUAAAUGCCAAGGAUUAGAAUCCCGGAUCCAACAUUUUGUACGUAGGGGACGCAUCGAGCACCCACAUUUAUUCCAUGAGGAAGAAACGAAAGCGAAAAGGGACUGUAAUGAUACAAUGGAGGAAGAAAAUACUCUUUUGGAGAAGCCAACAAAGAGAGUCUGUGUUGAUACGGAAAUUAGAAGCAUCAGUUAACCAUAACAGGAUCUGGGAGGCAACAACUACUUAGUGGUAGGUGAACAGAAAAGAAAUCCAAGAUAAUAUGUACUGCAAGAAGUCCUAAAAUUCAGAUGAUUGGUUCUUUGAAGAAAAAAAAAAAACAAAAAACCCAACCCCAAUGACCAUUAAGCCCUAUAAAGGAAGUUCUAGCUUGAAUUAAGAGUUCAAACAUUCUCAUUCCUCCCCAAAAGGAUUAAUAGAUAGAAGAAGCAAAAAGCAAUUGUGAAAUGGAGAGAUUUACAUACACAUGAAAACCUGUGCCUUGUGUUCAAAUUCAUUAAAGGCUGAUCCUGCAAGUGUCUA